AUGCGAUUUCUGGGGAGUAUAGCUCUAGUCUUGAGCUUCAUCUCUACAACCUCUGCAAACGUCCAGCCUCGAUCUUACGAUACCCACGAGUUCUUCGCUCUCCACCUCGACGACCCCGCUUCGCCAUCCCAUGUCGCUCAGCUCCUGGGAGCUCGCCAUGAAGGUCAAAUCGGAGAACUCGCAAACCAUCACACAUUCUCGAUACCUCGGGAGAGCAGCUCAGACUUAGAUACGUUGCUGGAACGUGCACGUGCUGCGAGGAAGAUUCGGCGGCGUUCGAGAGAUGAUGCCACGUCGCAAGAGCAGCACAAUGAUGCACUGGGUGGGAUCCUCUGGUCACAGAAGCUGGUGCCCAAGAAGCGUUUAGUGAAGCGAGUACCACCGCCCGAGAAGCCUGUGAGAACGUUCGCGACCGGCAAAGAAGACCCAGUAGCUGCCCAGUCUCAGAAGCGAAUCGCCUCCACGCUCGGGAUUGCGGAUCCCAUCUUUAAUGGACAGUGGCACUUGUUUAAUACUGUACAGCUCGGUCAUGAUCUUAAUGUUACUGGGGUAUGGAUGGAAGGUAUAACUGGAAAAGGUGUCACUACGGCGGUGGUCGAUGACGGAUUGGAUAUGUACAGCAAUGACCUUAAGCCGAACUACUUCCCCGAAGGCUCUUACGACUUCAACGACAACACUCCAGAACCUAGGCCACGACUUAGUGAUGACAAGCAUGGUACAAGAUGCGCUGGUGAGAUUGCAGCGGCGCGAAACGACGUUUGUGGAGUUGGCGUUGCAUACGACAGCAGGGUUGCUGGGGUCCGGAUUCUCUCCAAGGCUAUCAACGACGCUGAUGAGGCGACGGCCAUCAACUUCGCCUAUCAGGAAAACGAUAUUUUCUCGUGCUCUUGGGGUCCUCCCGAUGAUGGUGCGACCAUGGAAGGUCCUGGCAUUUUGAUCAAGCGGGCCUUUGUCAAUGGCGUCCAGAACGGUCGCGGCGGGAAGGGCUCGAUAUUCGUGUUUGCGGCUGGGAACGGUGCAAGCUUCGAGGAUAAUUGCAACUUCGACGGCUAUACGAAUAGCAUUUACAGUAUCACGGUGGGUGCUAUUGACAGGGAAGGGAAACACCCUAGCUAUUCCGAGUCUUGCUCUGCACAGUUAGUGGUCGCUUACAGUAGUGGCUCGGGCGACGCAAUCCACACCACUGACGUUGGAACUGACAAAUGUUACUCUUUUCAUGGUGGGACAUCGGCGGCAGGACCUUUGGCCGCGGGGACGGUAGCACUGGCUCUCAGCGCUCGUCCGGAGCUAACAUGGCGCGAUGCGCAAUAUCUCAUGGUGGAAACAGCCGUCCCGAUUCAUGAAGACGACGGUAGCUGGCAGGUCACCAAGGCUGGAAGGAAGUUCAGUCAUGACUGGGGCUAUGGCAAAGUCGAUGCGUACGCCCUGGUUCAGAAGGCCAAGACCUGGGAGCUGGUGAAGCCGCAAGCCUGGUUCCACUCCCCUUGGCUCCGUGUGCAGCACAAAGUCCCUCAAGGCGACCAGGGUCUAGCCAGUUCGUACGAGGUGACUGAGCAGAUGAUGAAGAACGCGAACAUUGCCAGGUUGGAGCAUGUUACUGUGACCAUGAAUGUCAAUCAUACACGCCGUGGUGAUCUUAGCGUCGAGCUACGCAGUCCGGAAGGCAUUGUCAGCCAUCUGAGCACCACAAGAAAGUCGGAUAAUGAAAAUGCGGGCUAUGUCGACUGGACUUUCAUGACUGUUGCUCAUUGGGGCGAGUCGGGCGUGGGAAGAUGGACUGUAAUUGUCAAAGAUACCAAUGUGAAUGAGUUCACCGGAGAGUUCAUUGAUUGGCGACUGAAUCUCUGGGGAGAGGCUAUCGACGGCGCCAACCAAAAGCCUCAUCCGCUUCCCGAUGAGCAUGACGAUGAUCACAGCAUCGAGGAUGCUAUUGUGGCUACCACCAGUGUGGGAACAGGACCUACCAAGACCGGUGCCCCUGACUCCACGGACGACACCAUCAAUCGUCCUGUAAACGCAAAGCCCAUCGAAACUCAGACACCAUCACCCGCCGAAACGACCGCAACCGAACUAGCUCCACCCGCCGAGACCAGGCCGGCCGCCACGGCGACAUCUUCUCCCACACCUACUGCUGCGUCCGACAGCUUCUUGCCCAGCUUCAUGCCCACAUUCGGGGCUUCCAAGAGGACGCAGAUCUGGAUCUAUGCCGCCAUCGGAUCCAUUAUUGUGUUCUGUAUUGGUCUGGGGAUCUACUUCCAGGUCCAGCGACGCAAGCGCAUUCUCAAUAACCCCCGUGACGACUAUGAUUUCGAAAUGAUCGAGGACGAGGACGCGCUCCACGGCGGCAAUGGGCGUCCGGGUCGCACUCAGCGCCGAGGUGGCGAGCUGUACAAUGCCUUUGCAGGAGAAAGCGAUGAGGAGGAGCCUUUGUUCAGCGACGAGGAUGAUGAGCCUUACAGAGACAGGGCUCUAAGUGAGGAUCGUCUCCGCGACACCUCAAGCGAUGACCGUAGUCUGAGACACGGUGACCACUGA